AUGCACGACGCGAAUGACCAAUCUUGCCACACUGCUGACGCUAUAUCACACUCUGUUCUUGCCAAGUUCCUUGACCGAUAUCCUUCUAUCCGUUUCCUUCGACUCCAAUGGCAAGACUUAUCUGGUCUUUUACGUGCCCGGGUGGUGCCAGUGGAACAGGGUCGGUUAAUAGCUAUGGGGAAGAAAGCCAUGCGUCUAAGCCCUUGUUCGCUCAACCUGGCCGUGGAAAACAGCGUGUUACCAGCCGGAAGUCUAGUUGGAGGCGAUACAGGGUUUCCAGAUUGGAGUUCGUUGCGAACAAGACAGCUCCUCGACCCGCUCUACGCUACUGUCAUGUGCAGAAUUUCUAGGAAUUCGGCCCCAGGAACCCAUGAGCGGGAACCUAGAGAUGACCACUGUCCUCGACGUGCCUUGACGACUAUCUUGAAUAAGGCGUCUCGACAGUUCAAGAUGGAAUUUCUGGUCGGAUUUGAAGUUGAAUUUGAGAUCUUCGAGUGUAACCCUGAAGGAAAAUUGGUGCCUCACAGCCUCGGCUUAGGCGGAGGAGCAUGCUCCGGCCUUCGCGACCCAUGUUACAGAUAUGUGGAAGAGGUGAUGAAAGUCCUUUUAGAAGCUGGCGUAGGACUGGAGGCCAUCCACACCGAAGGGCUACAAGGACAAUACGAGUUUUGUCUCGCGCCUAGACCGCCCAUCGAGGCGGUGGACGAACUAAUCCUCGUGCAUGAUACAUUAAAGAGGGUAUUUACCCUUCAUGGGCUGGUGGCCACCAUGUUCCCUCGCCCCACAACAUUACGGACGCAGUCAAUCGGCCAGCAUACUCAUGUGUCAAUUAGCAAUCCUGAACUGGAAGAGUCGUUUCUUGCCGGCAUCUUACGGAACUUGCCGAGCUUGUCUGCCUUAUGCCUACCAUAUGAAUUGUCCUAUGAGAGGCUUAAGCCUGGACAAGCCGGCGGCCAAUUUGUCGCAUGGGGCACGGAAGAUCGUCGCGUGCCCAUCAGGAAGGUCAAACCAGGCCAUUGGGAAAUUCGCUGCGUCGAUGCGACAGCCAACAUGUAUCUGGCACUGGCUGCCACCCUGAGUGCCGGCCUAUUGGGCUGCGCCAACGGCGAGCCAUUGCGCCUGGGGGAUAGUGCAACGGGCGCGCAAAUUGGCGGCACGUCUCUCCCUCACAGUCUUGAAGCAGCUUUGAAUCAGCUCGAUGAGGAUGAUGAGGAGAAGGGAAUCGAGGCCGUUGAAAGGUUUAUGGAGAGCAAAGUAAUCCGGCACUACUUGAAUCUCAAGAGAUUCGAAUUAUUGAAGCUGAACGAAAUGGAAAUUGAGGAGGCAAGGAAUUGGCUCGUCAAGCUCUUCUAA